AUGGAAGCAUAUUCUAGCCUUGGAAAAGACCGUGUCUCUGUACUUCUAUCAAAUAUUGUUCAAACUAAAAUGUCAUUAGCAGUAGGUUUUGCAUCGCGAGCUUCCAUUUAUGAUGCAGUGCUAACUGCAUAUGAAUUAUCUACUGCUCAGUGUAUUGUUUUGGCAUUACUACAUGGAUUAGUCAAUAAUGAUGUCUCUAUCUGCUCACUUUUAGGAACCUUAUCUUCUAAUGUUCAGCAUCUUCGAUCUUCUUAUUUGAAAGUUUGGCUGAAAGAAGACUUCAAAUUUGAUCAGGAGGAAAUUUAUCGUGCUUUUUCAACAGCUGCUCACUUUAUUAAUGCUGGUCUCAUCAAUGUUCCCUGCCAUGUACUGCAGAUACUCGCCUCAAUUGUCGAUCUGUACAACGUUGUCAAUACAUGUAAAGAGCAAGGUGAUAAGGAUACAUUGAACUUGUUGGAAUCUCUUGGAUUGGACAUAGGAAACAAGAGCUCAUCUGAGGAUGAUAGCCCAGCAGCUACAGCAAUAGCUGAAGUUGUGAGGGAAGAAAAUGUGGACAGUAGUCAGCCUGCAGAAGUAGAAAUCGCAGAGGAAGACAAUGCCUCAUCUUCACAGGCUGAACCUUCUAGAGCUGCUGCUGCUGCAUCUGUACUUCCACAAACCAUUGAGGAAUAUAUUCCACCAUUUCAAGACUAUCAGUCUGAUGACGAAGAAUAUGAUGAUAACUUUGACAGUUCUGAAUAUGAUGCGCUUUUCAGUGAUGAGGAUAGUUUAUAUUCUGAUUCAAAUGUUGAUACACCAGAUGAAGAAGGUUCGGACGAGAUGAACUCAUUAUCUAUCAUAAUUGAAUUAACCCAAGACUUUGUGGAUUCGGGAAUUCUGGAAAGUACUGCUGCUCAGCUAGAAGAAGAGCAUGGAAAGACUUUACUCCAUAGGGCUGCUGAAGAGGGCAGUGUUAGAGCUAUAAAGGCGCUGCUUCGAGUAGGUGUUGAUGUUGACAGUUUUGACCAGUGGCGUCGCACACCAGCCCAUGUAGCUGCUACCAGUGGCAAACUUCAAGCUCUGCGGGCUCUAUAUCACCAUGGUGGUGCUGAUCUUGAGCUUGUGGACAACAGGGGAGAUUCUUUGCUUCACAGUGCUGCAGACCGUGGUCAUACUGAAGUUGUCAGGUGGCUUCUGCGGCAUGGAGUAGAUGUGGAAGUGUCAGGACGUGGUGGCUGGAGACCUCUGCAUCGUGCUUCACAACAAGGGCAUUUAGAAACAGUGAGGAUGCUAUUAGACAAUGGUGCUUGUCCUAACAUGAUGGCUGAUGUUGGGGGUACUGCAUUACAUCGUGCCGCCUGGUGGGACAAAUUGGAGGUUGCUCACUUGUUGAUUGCCAGGGGUGCAAAUAUCGAUGUUGCUGACAAUAGGUCUGAUACUCCUCUUCAUAUGGCAGCAAAACUUGGCCAUCUUGAAAUGGUACGACUGUUGCUGGAUUGUGGUGCGAAUCCAGCCAUAGCAGACAGAAGUAAUAUGACCCCUCACGAUUGGGCUCAAAGGAACCGACGAGCAGAAGUAGCUGAAUAUAUGGUUUCGAGAGAUGCGGAUUACUAA